AUGGGCCCGGUCACCCCGUGCGAUCAGACUGGAGUGCCAAACUCAGUGCUGACGCACCCACGCAAGCUGGGUGCCGAUGCCGUGCUGUCGGAGAAGCUGGUGGACGUUGACGCCGAACACGUCGCGCAGGAGCUGCGGCGCUGCUGGGGCCGGCGCGACCGCAGCGAGGGGGACGGCCCCAUCUGGUCUCGCACGAGCCACGGCGCCGUCGAGUUCGACUUCGAGGUCCCCGUGGAGGCUUCCUGGCGCUGGCAACGAGAUGAUUCCGAAAGCGGCGGCGCUGGCAAAAACGGAGGUUUGGGAGCAGUGCCACACAUACAUGGCGAAGUGAGGCUGAGACCGCCGACUUGUGUGACAUGCGCUGGGGAGGAGGAGGAGGAGGAAGAGUCAGGCGAGAAGCUGAGUGGCCGCACUUUGCUGGGGCUGCGUAUCGCCAGUGGCGAUCCUGCCCCGCGUCCAAUUUUCGAAGAGGGCCACCUCUUUUUCCAGCUUCCCCCGUGGCCUUCCAGCCUCAGGGCCAGGGGCCACUUCUCUAUUAUCACUCGGCCGUCGUGA